ACGCGUUAUUGAAUGUUGAGUGUUGGAAACAAACUAAACUACCUGUGUUCAACUGUUCAUAACCCCCUCCCGGAUCUCCGAUCAUCAAAAUAUCUUUCCGGUGGCUUUACGGCGGUCAUCUACUCAUCUUUCUUUUUAAUUCCUUAAUCCGUCACACAGCCUCUACAUAUUGAUCUAUCUGUCGAAUCCAGAUGGCGUACCGUCGGAAACAGUCAAUUUCUAGGUCUUCAACCUUCAACCAAGAGAUUCAUCGUUCUACCGCCGCUACUCCGUCGUCAUCACUUGCUGCUCAGGCGAUCAGAGCCUCCGCAGCUCAUCGUGACUCUUCUCUCUCCUCCGCUUACGUCAGCUCUGCUUUCAACUCCUCUGUUAAAGACCGAUCUAAGGGUUCUGCUACCUAUGAUUAUACAUCUAUGGGAAGUACAAAUGAACCAGGAGGCUUUUGGGGUGUUUUAGCCAGGAAGGCUAAAUCAAUUCUAGAUGAUGAUAACGCUUCGCGGAGUUCUCAAACUCCUAGCAGUGUAAAGACAGAAACAGUCUCAACAAGCAACCAGGCUGAGCAUCGUUAUGAGUCUUUUGAGAACUCCAGAAAAAUGGAUAAUCCAAAGUUAAGGAAGGGUUUGGAUAGACUUACGUCUUCACUUAAUCAAAUUGGUGGCACGAUUGGAAACGCCUUGGAGGAAGGGCGUACCAUUGUGGACAAGAAAACUCAAGAUAUCAUACAAGAAACCCGCAAACUGCAAAACAGGAGAAAAGUAACGACUGAUGAACAGAAUCAGCUGCAGGAACCUCAAAUGCAAUCUACACAGCAGCAAAAAACCGAUCAAGAAACUCAACUCAAGGCAUCUCGCGACGUGGCAAUUGCAACAGCUGCUAAAGCCAAACUACUCCUUCGGGAACUGAAGACGCUCAAAGCUGAUCUGGCAUUUGCAAAGGAAAGAAGUUCUCAAUUAGAAGAAGAAAAUAAAAUGCUUCGUGAGGCUCUUGAGAAAGGAGACCACCCUACAGAUGAUGAUGACAUGAUUCGUAUUCAACUGGAGUCACUUUUAGCAGAGAAAGCUCGUUUGGCUAAUGAGAAUUCUGUAUACGCACGUGAAAACCGCUUCUUAAGGGAAAUUGUUGAAUACCAUCAACUAACAAUGCAAGAUGUUGUGUAUUUAGAUGAAGGCAUUGAAGAGGUUACAGAAGUUAAUCCGGUAGCUUCUAGAACAUUUCCCGCUUCAACCUCGCCACCGUUACCUUCAUCCCCACAGGCACCUCUCAAAAGAGCCAACUCUGUACCUUUAUAAUUUGUGUUCUUGUCAGUUGUAGUUAUUCUUGUUUGUUUUGUUCUUUUUGUGCAAAGUGGUCUAUUGUUUGGGUAUUGCUGUGGGAAUGUUUGGGGGGUGGGGGGAUUGUUUAUUCUUUUGUUUGUUUUGUAAGUAUGUUGGUGAGAACAAUAACAGAAAAAAGGCAUGUGAAGUACUAUGGCCUUUGUGGGUGUCUCAAGAUUCUUUACAAAUAAUUUGGUAUGAAAUUGUUGUACAAGGAUGUUGUCAUUAAACUUGUCAUUCAAUGAUGUGUUAUGAUA